CAAAUACGAAAAAUCUUUCUAUUUCAAUCGCUUAUUUGGAGGAACGAAUAGAGGAAACUGAUAUAAAAACAACAGACAUCAGUUUGCAUGAUCAAAUGUGAAUAAGUGUUUACCGAGUGUAGACAGUAUAAAAGAUUGAGUCAGCAAAUAAAAAUAACAAUGAUGACAUCGAUUUUUGAGAUUUCUUUUCUUCUAUUUGUACUGGCAUAUCCUUGCCACGCACAAAAUGAUUAUAUUAAAUGCCAGACUAGUUCAGAAUGUCAACCAAAUCAUUGUUGUACCUUAGGAUCAGUAAGAUAUAGUAUACCACAAUGUAAGCCUAUGCAAGAAAAAGGAGAAGUUUGUAGACCAACUAAUGUAACAUUUAAUGUUACUCUUGGUUAUCCGGAUGGUAGUUUAUUGAAAAUAGAAGACGUACAUUUCAUUUUUUGUCCUUGCACUGAUGGACUUUCAUGCGAAAAAGGCAUUUGUAAAGAAAUAAAUUAAAAAAUAUGAUACAAUUCAAUUAAUCAAUAAUAAAAAUUAGACAACUAAACAAUUAAUGCAGAACAAAGAAAAAAAAUUUUUUAUUAUAAAAAAUGUAUGAAUAAAAUUAAUAAAUAUAUUUGAUAUAAUGAAUAAAAAGACAAUUAAUUAAUAAUGAAGGUAAUUAAUAAAACUUGAUAUGUAAAUUAAAACAAAUUUUAUAAUUAAAUUAUACCAAAUGAAUAAAUUAUUUCUAAUUUUA